AUGGCUAAUUUAUUUUCAAGAACCUCAAACACUUCUCAUAAACUAGUUAUAUGUUCAAACAUUAGGUAUUAUGAUGUUAGAACAACACCAAAAAAUGCAUGUUAUAGAGUUAGAAGAGGAAAAACAUGGAGUGGUUCAAUGUUGCAAUGCUACAGCACAGGUAGUUCAGAAGAGUCAUCAUACUUUGGUGAUCAGAGAGUGAAGUUUGAGAUUGAGAAUGAGAAUGGUGGUGAGAGUUUGAAGCAAAAGUUUGAGAUUUUGGCGUGUGAAUAUGGAUGGAGGAUAAGGAGAUUAACUGUGAAUGCUGAUGAGAUAAAAAUGGCAGCUCAAGUUCAAGCUGAAGCUUUUCAUGUUCCUAUGGCUCUUUUCAAUGACUUGUUCUUUCAAUUCUUUAAGGCUGAAGUGCUAUCAGGGCUUCUUUACAAGCUUAAACACUCACCUCCCAAUAGGUAUGCUUGUUUGGUUGCUGAGAAUGAUCAAGAUUCACCUAAACAACUUGUUGGUGUCGUAGAUGUCACUGUCAUGAGAGAUCAAGAUGUUCUUCAACAUCUCCCAGAUGAAGCACAAGAGUACCUGUAUGUUUCAGGAAUAGGUGUUUCAAAUGCUUUCAGGAGGAUGAAAAUAGGGACUGUAAUGUUGAAAGCAUGUGACAUGAUUUCGAAUUUGUGGGGUUUUGAGUUUCUUGUUCUUAGAGCUUAUGAAGAAGAUGUGGGUGCUAGAACAUUGUACACAAAUGCUGGUUACCAAGUUGUGUCUAAAGAUCCACCAUGGACAAGUAAUUGGAUUGGAAGGAAAUGUCGAGUUCUUAUGAUCAAAAGAAUUAGUUUAUUGCCUUAG